GUACAUAAUAUAAGUACCUAUGAUAGGAGUGGAAUUCGAACUCCAUGUUUUGGAUCUUUCCCGAAACGAACAAAACCGAUAAUCGGAAUUUUCCUCGGCCGGGGACGACUACGAUUUCAGUUUCGAGGGAUACUGUUACGGAUACAACCAGAGCGUUGAUCGAUACUGAUGCUCCUGCCCGCAAGCAAACACACCGCAAACACCCGCAGCCCCGYCUCGCCUCGCUGGCGCGGCACGGCCCCUACACAGGAGCCCACCGCACCGGUACAGCGAGCUUGCCCGCUACCGCUGUCGGCCCUCCCUCCGCGGCGUCUCUGGGAAUCCAUCGUCUCGAGGGAGGACGCGACGGGGGGCGGCGCCGCCCGGAAGGUGCGAGCGUCUCCGUCCAUCCGAUCGAUCCGGGUUUGCUCCACCGCACCGAACGCUCCGAGCCAACAGGGAUAACAUUACAUUCCUAGUGAACGGCAACGCUCCGGGAACGUUCUCGGCGGUGGAGAAAGCACAACAAAGCACAACAAACACAACCCCCGGGACAAGCUCCGAUACACCCGAUGGCCCGGGCUUCGUUCCGCUCCGGAGCCGCACACCAAACGACCGGCCCGCAWGCCCGCCCCUAGAUUCUUCGCGGGUGGGUUUGGUUCCUUCCCUCCGCCGGUCACAAAAACGAACGGCAGAAGACACAGAACACGGAGCCCCGAACGAGCAGGAAACCGAAUCGAAUCGGGUCGACCCGAGCAGCAACCAGCAAACCAUGCGCAAGUCGGCAAGACUCCACCGGAUGAAACAGAAAAAAGACGAGGAGAAAAGGCGGGAUUCGAGUCGCCAUCGCUGCCCUCCCUCGAGCGUGGAAACCGUGUUUCAUCCGUACCUGAGCAAAAUCCAUCCGCCGAGGGAUGUCACGCCCGCCAGGAUCCGGACCCUGGAGGACGGGGUGAUCUUGUCGCUGAUGGAACGAACGAACCAUUSGACCUAYCCCCCGAGGUUGCUCUGGCGAAUCUCGACCCCCUGCUAUGAGCGAUGCCMCCAGAGCCACCGGGUGGUGGCCCUCCGCAUCACGGACCGAGACAACAUCUUUGGAAACACCAUGGCCCGCAUCCCGGCCUACGGUGCCCACCGGGCCUACUUGCCUCCCUCUCUGUGGACGAUGCCACCGGAUGUUGCGGUCCUGGACCACAUCCGGGAGAUGACUCUUUAUCGCUGCACGGGCCCCCUGCCAGCCGAGGCGGGCCUCUACCUGACMCGUCUAGAGGCCCUGUACCUCAACGACUGUUCCCACCUGGAUUUSUCGGCCGCCCUGGGGCCGGGGCCGUCCCACCAAACCGGCAGCGACAACGGUUUCGAGAAGACCAGCAGUCACAACGACGACAAGAACAAUCGGAAUGCGCGCUGGACCAACCUCAAGACGCUCAAGCUUCUGGAUUGCGAGAACGUGACGCCCCAAACAUUCCGGUGGCUGACCGGACUCGAAACCCUGGCAAUGAUCCGCUGGAACCCGCACAAUCCCAACACGCGGGGCCUCGGRUCCCGCUGGAUUCGGCAGCUGGCGGCUCCAAACCACGGCCGCGCCGCUSCUCCCCCCUUGCCGGCGGGGAACCCGGCUUUCGGGCCCACCCCGSUCCUGUUUGGCUUUCGAACCACGCUGCGGUCCCUGUCCUUUCGCGACGCGAACCUCACCAACCGGGACCUCCAGACCAUUUUCUGGGAGAUCCUUCCUGGCUUUCCGGCCCUGGAAAAGCUGUCCGUUGCCCGAAACCCCGCGAUCGAUUCGUUUCGGCAGGCCACGGCACGGCCACGGACGGCUCCGGGACGGGAAUCCGCGUCCCCGGAUGCUGUGGUGGCCGCCGCGGAACGCGGAAGGCCGUCCAACCUKAAAUCCCUUGAGAUUCUGCACACGAAAAUCACCUGGACGAAGGCCGAGGUGGACAGCUUGGUUUGGUUCUUGGAAACAAUCGGUGCUUCGGUAGGCACACUGGACGUCUUUUCCCCCUGGACRUCGCCUCGCUUUGACCAUCCAAGGAAUCCYAGGAUCUCCCACCUAGUGGAGCGGACGCGGACCAUAGAAUACUUGUUGGCCAGGAACGCAACGAAUACCUGUUCUAUGCUGACGGGUGGGAGUGCGUUUGAAUCGGGUSCCGGUGAGAACGCGAACAGCACAGGCACGGGCGGGACGGAGGCAAUCGCACGACCAAGGAACGUGGGUGGGCCUCCCCCCCGUGCGCUCUGGUCGUUGGCACUGGCCAGAGCCUAUGCCAGGGGAUACUCCACGUUCAGCGAGAGCAACGGCACGUUCUCUGUACAAGCAUCGUCGAGCAUGCCGUUUGCCAUWGCCUACGGAUUCUUGAGGCACGGCUCGGUAUUUUCAGCGGGRCAAACCGAGAGUUGGUGCAGGCGCAAGCGUCGCUUUCUUCCUCGAACGGUCAAGAAGCUCGUCAAAUAUCCAGAAUGAUAAUUUGGAUGGCAUCCUCCAAACAUACCAGCAGAUUCUUAUUCCCGAGGACGGCUUGUCCCAGCUCAAAGUGGUGACGUUUGGGAUCGAUGCGUCGAAUCAAGGACAACACGGUAGCUCAAGAAAUAUUGAGAAUCCMUGGAAUCAAACCGGUCGAAGAUAGUAUCGUAUCUUUUUACCAAAACUCGUGACAAAGAAACUUCAAAAUCCAAAGUGAAUUGAACUAGUGUCGCGCAUCUAAUUAGUAAGGUCGGCAUYUGAUACUGUACAAGUCGUGGAAGUCCUCCCUUUGGUUUCAAAACAUGUUGAUUAGAAAAGAUCCAAGCGGUCUCCGACAUGUUCUCGAUCGUCCUGGGAAUAGGACCAAACGAUUGUGCGGCUGACUUCUUGUCUUGGUAUUGAGAUUCGUACUUAUCCCUGAUACGGCAAUUUUGGUGAAAAUGUAGUCAAUCUGCCAACCGAGAGAACCUUGUUUGUGUGAAACAGUUUAAACCUCCAAAUUACGGUGUUCAUCAAAUCUUCAAUGGCUUGUGGCUUGUUUUUCAUUGCCUCAAAAACCAUAAUUAUCUUUCUCUGUUCACAAGUUCUAUGGGCACAAUCUUCACUUUCCUCUGCCACUUCUUGUGCURUCAAGAUUUUAUCCUCACCUGGUUGUUUGGAACCAAAGAAUCCUGCAGGUUGGAAAUAGGAGGAUGAUUUAGUACUUCUACUACGGAAAGAAAAAAAGUGCUGGAGAACAAUAUACUAAAGACAAAUAGAGUUU